AUGAAAAUAACUAAAAUAUUAUAUGGUGUAGGACUGGUUGGAUUAUCUGUAUUUUCAGGCUAUUACUAUCAAAAGUAUAAUUUUAAUACUAUUUAAUUUCCAUAAUAAUGGAUUGAUUUUCAGUAAAAGAAACUAUAUGCUUUUAACUAAGGUAUUUACUUCACAGUAUACUUACUUAUUGGAGUAAGCAAUUUGAAGAUUGGUAGACAUUAAUAAGCAAUAAAAGCAUUUUCAGAAGCUUUAAUAUACAACCCAAGAGAAAUUAAUACUCAUUUUUUCUUAUUCAGUAGCUAUUUUGAAGCACAAUAAUAUGAAGAGGCUUUGAAAUUAGCAGAUCUUGUGUUUAAUUCUGAUAUGUAUGAUCAAAAUCCUUAUAUUACUUACCUAAAAAAUAUUAAAUUAAUAAAAAUCCCAAUCAAGAAAGAAUUGCUACUGUGGGUGAAAUAAGAAUAUUUCGAAGAUAAUAAGUGA